AACUAGACAAAUAGCAUAAUUAAACAUAGCAUUUGCACACCAUUUCCUACAAGGAAUCUAAUUCACUAGAACUGUCUUUUCUCUAGUAAGAUUACCGUUAUAAAUGAUGAAAUUUUCUACUAAUUCAAGUGCCUCUAACUAACUCAAUAGCUACUUGAAAAAAUUGAGAAAAUGAUCAAAACAUUACUUUUAUGGUUAUUUUUGUUGAUCUCCAUCCUCACUUUUUCAGCUCAAAAGAUCAUAGCCACUCCACAAAUUGAAGGUUUUGGCACUUCAAAGCAACAAAGGGACCAAAAAUCCAUGUAUGGUAUGAUAUUGGAAUCAAGAAAACCAUUACCAAGGACUCAAAGAACAAAUCAAGGAUUGCAUAUUGUUCAACAUACAAAGAUUUCAAAGAAAGCAAGGACAGUUUAUGGGGGAGCCAAUAAUGUGAAGAGUCCACAUAAGGGAAAAAGUAGUGCAACCACUAAUUCAAUCAAAUCUUCAUCCUUGUUUAUGGUUGCACUAAGCCAUCUCAUUCUAGCAAUGAUUCUGAUUGGUUGUUUCUUUUGAAUUCCAAGGCUUUAAUCUAGCCUAUGAAAAUUAUACUAUUAAUAAUUUUUGUUUAUUAAUUAAUGUAUGAUUCAAUUGUGAGAAAUAAAGCAAAUAAUGUUUUAUCUUGCCACCAACAACUUGUUACUUAGAAAAUAAAAAACUUCCUUGUAAAUGAAUUUAUGAAGUAUCACUUUCCUUUACAAGGACUCUUCCAAGGCCUUCAAAAAUCAACCAUAGGUUAAGAGACAUUCCCUUAAAAUAGGGGAACUUCAUGUACAGCUUCUUUUGAGUUCAUCUGAAAAAUAAUUUUAUCCAA